AUGGCUUCUUCAACAAGAAACCAUCGGUGCUUGUUGUUUUGUCUCCUGACGACGAUCAUGAUAACUUCAUCUUACGGUCAAGAGUCUGAACCAACUCUCCUCCUUAAAUUCAGAUCUUCGCUCAAAAACGCCACGUCAUCAUCAUCACUCGGUAACUGGAAUUCAUUGGUGCCACUUUGCACCGGCAACAAUUCAAAUUGGAACGGAUUGCUUUGCUCCAACGGAAAAUUCUACGGUCUCCGUCUCGAAUCGAUGGGAUUAUCGGGGAAUCUCGAUGUCGAUACGCUUUCUCAGUUGACUAAUUUGCUUACUAUAAGUAUUAUGAAUAAUAAUUUUGAAGGUCCGUUUCCGAACGUGAAGAAAAUCGGAGGACGAUUGAGAGGUUUGUUUUUGUCGAAUAAUCGAUUUUCCGGUGAGUUGCCGGACGAUACUUUCGCCGGAAUGAAGUCGAUAAGGAGAAUUUUAAUGGCGAAUAAUGAGUUUACGGGGGAGAUUCCGACGUCGUUAUUGGGAAUUCCGAAGCUUGUUGAGCUGCAGAUACAAAAUAACAAAUUCAAUGGAACAAUACCGGCGUUUAGUCAGGAGGAUUUUAAAAUAAAUGCUGCAAAUAAUAGACUUGAAGGUCCAAUACCAUCUCAGCUUAGCAGCCAAAGUGCAAGCUCGUUUGCAGGAAAUUUGGAGAUAUGUGGUAAGCCAAUGCCAGCAUGUGCAACAUCAAAGAAGAAAAAGAAAAUCCCAAUAGUGGCCAUAAUCCUUGCAUCUAUUGGAGGAUUAAUCAUAUUAGCCAUUAUAUUAUUUGCUCUCUUCCUUGUCCAUAAACAAAGGAAAAAACCAACUCAAUAUGAAAAAUCAUCAGUAAAAAAUCUCAACGAAAAACCCUCAGUACUGAGAGAAGAAAAGUACACAAAAAGUCAUCAUGACAAGGCUAGUAAAUUAUACUUUGUAAGAAGGGAUAGAGAAAAGUUUGAUUUAGAAGAUCUUCUUAGAGCACCAGCUGAAGUAUUGGGAAGUGGAAGUUUUGGUUCUUCUUAUAAAGCUGAUCUUCCUAUUGGAAAACCAAUUGUUGUGAGGAGAUUUAGGCAAAUGAGUAAUAUGGGCAAAGAAGAUUUUCAUGAACAUAUGAGAAGCCUUGGCAAGUUGUCACAUCCUAAUGUUCUUCCUCUUGUGGCUUUCUAUUAUAGGAGGGAAGAAAAGCUUUUGGUUACUGAUUUUAUUGAUAAUGGAAGCUUGGCAAGUCAUUUACAUGGCAAAAGAAGUCCUAACCAACCAAGUCUUGAUUGGCCAAGUCGUUUGAAAAUCAUAAAAGGAGUUACAAGGGGAUUGGCUUAUCUUUACAAGGAACUUCCAACACUAACACUCCCACAUGGACAUCUUAAAUCUUCAAAUGUUCUUCUCGACCACAAAUUUGAGCCACUUGUAGCAGACUAUGCUCUUGUGCCAGUAAUCAACAAAGACCAUGCCAAACAGUUCAUGGUGGCUUACAAAUCACCAGAGUACAUGCAAAAUGAACGUCUCACAAGAAAAACUGAUGUAUGGAGCCUUGGCAUCCUCAUCCUUGAGCUACUAACCGGCAGGUUUCCAGCUAAUUAUCUAAAGCAAGGCAAAGGUGCAAAUGCAGACUUAGCAAUGUGGGUGAAUUCAGUAGUAAGAGAAGAAUGGACAGGUGAGGUUUUUGAUAAAGACAUGAACACAACAAAACAUAAUUGUGAAGGUGAAAUGCUUAAGCUAUUGAAAAUUGGAAUGUCUUGUUGUGAAAUGGAUGUUGGAAAGAGAUGGGAUUUAAUGGAAGCUUUACACAAAAUUGAAGAAUUGAAAGAAAAUGAUGAAGAAGAUUAUUCUUCUAAUUAUUAUUAUACAAGUGAUCAAGGAGAAAUGUAUUCUUCUAAAGCCAUCACUGAUGAUGAUUUCUCCUUUUCUAAGAAUGCUUAG